AUGGCCCCUCGGACCACACGCGCAAUUUCAAGACGAUCCGACGAGACCAAUGGCACAACGGGGAAACGAGACUGCGCAGCCAUUAACCCAUCGUCUGCGCCCAAUCUUAAAAGACCAAGAAAGUCCCUAGCUGAGGCAGAAGAUCCCACCAAAGGGAAUUUUACGGAUUCUUUGGACGCUACCGAAACUACCAACUUGAAGAAGGGUAGUUCCCAAACGACUCGCUCAAGCAGCCCUACACAAAAGCGAAGCCGUUGGCCCAAUAAUUCUGAGGCAGAAUACGAAGACAAACAGCAAAUUAACAAAGCUAUAAAUGAGGAGGAGACAGGAGCUACAUCAAAAAGAACAAGCUUAAAGAAAGGGACAAAAAUAGGAGCUCAAUUGGAAGAGAUGAAACCUCUUGCUCCUCGAUCACAUGGGCUCCGUAUGUUUGUUGGAGCCCAUGUUAGUGCCUCUAAAGGUGUACAAAACGCAGUUACAAACAGUAUGCAUAUUGGGGGAAAUGCAUUUGCUUUGUUUUUGAAAUCCCAGCGGAAGUGGAAUAACCCUCCAUUGCAAGAUGAGCAUAGGGAUCAAUUUCGAGCUUUGUGUUCCGAACACAAAUAUAAUGCCUCGAAAUACGUCCUUCCUCAUGGCUCUUAUCUUGUGAACCUAGCCCAAGAAGAUCCCGAUAAGGCCAAACAAGCUUACAGUUCCUUCUUAGACGAUUUGAAGCGCUGUGAAGCACUUGGAAUAAAACUAUAUAACUUCCAUCCCGGAGCAACAGUCAAAUCUACUCUAGAUUCCUCGAUAUCUCGCCUUGCUAAAGCCCUAAUUGCAGCUCUUGACGAAACGACAACAGUAAUACCUGUUUUGGAAACAACCUGUGGGCAUGGAACGACCAUCGGUGGGUCUCUUGAGCACUUUCGAUCACUGAUUGAGCUCAUACCUGAAUCAUACCACUCACGGUUGGGGAUCUGUUUGGAUACCUGCCACACAUUUGCAGCUGGAUAUGAUCUUCGCACGCCCGACACCUGGAACGCGUUUAUGAAAGAAUUUGACGAGGUUGUUGGACUCAAAUUUUUGAAAGCCUUGCAUAUUAAUGACUCUAAAACGCCAUUCGGAAGCAAACGAGACUUACACGCGAAUAUUGGCACUGGAUUCUUGGGGUUAAGAGCAUUUCACAAUGUAAUGAAUGAUAAAAGAUUGGAAGGGCUGCCCAUGAUACUGGAAACACCUAUCGAUAGGCCUGCAGAUGCAGUCAAGUCAAAACAACAAGGACGUUCUAUCGUAUCUGAUUGCGAACAUGAUGACUCAAAUGCAUCGGAAACAGAUGCUCCAUCUAUAAAAAAGCGCACGAAGAAAUCUGUAGCUUCCAAGACCACACCUACCACGAAAGCAAAAUCGAAGACAAGGCCUGUGAUGGUUGAAGAUAAAUCUGUUUGGGUUCGGGAAAUCAAACUCCUCGAGAGCUUGAUUGGGAUGGAUGCGGAGAGUGAAGAGUUUGUGUCGCUAGAAAAAGAGCUAUCAGAGGAAGGAAGAGAGGAACGGCAAAAACAACAAGAGCUUUUCAAUAAGAAACAGAGUAAAGAAACCUCCAAGAAACAAAAGAAUAUUCGAGCUAUGUUUAGCCCAAAGGGAAAGACAACUGGCAAAGCCAAGGCUGUUGGCAGGAAAAGGAAAGGUAUAGAAGACGAAGAUACGGAAGGAUGA